AUCACAGAACAAGUUCCAAGCAUAAUAUCUUUGCUUCCCUCCCGAAACUCUUGUUCUAUCACUUGAUGAUUCUCUAUGGCGUUCUUGCAUUUGCUCGGCGAUGAAGAUGCAGGAUACAACUCAAAGUUGGUAUGUUUCUAGCCAAUAUUAGUCGGUAGAGUCAUAUCGGUGGCAAAAUUCAACUUCUGAAGCUUCAUUCUCUUCAUCCUCAUUGUUAAUAUCUUAGCUAGGCUCAAUCUUCAUCAACUCAGCAUGAGGCGACUGGUUUGAGAGGAUAAGAAUCAGUCAUGACAAUUGAUGUUAAGGGAAAGACUUGUAAAGAGGGGUCCCCCAUGUCUCUUCAAUCACAAGAUAUUACAUUAUUGUUUGGACCCACUAAAGUGAUGCAAGAUCCACAUCAUUAGAAUUAACACCAACCGAUACCAUUUAGGGGCCAUUUGUUUGAUUUGAAUGACCUUUGAAUAGAAGUUAUCUCUGAACUAAUUCAUUGAAGAAUUGAACCCGUUAAACAUCAAAGUAUUUGGUGGCAACUUCAAUUUUUUUCUUAAAAUUCAUCUAAUAGAAUGAGAUAUUGAAGCAUGUCUGAUUCAAAUUCAGAGGUCUCUUUUCUAAUUUUGUCCCUUAUAAAAAAUGACAAUGACAAAAAUAAAAUCAAUACUCAAGUGAUUAAAAUUAGAGUAAUAAAUUUUAUUUUGGUACAACAAUAAAUUAUAUUUUUAUUUAUAAUUAUUGUUUAAAUGUAUGGCAAGAGAAUAUUAGUUAUGUUAAGCUAAAAACUUUAGCUUAUGCAAUUGCUUAUUGAUUUUAUCAAAUAUCUGUGUUCCAAAUCAUUAUGAUGGUUAAAAUUGAAAAACAACACAUGUUUAUAUAUUCAAUACCAAAUAGUUAAAGAUAAUUCAAACUUUAAAUUUAAUGACUGGUUCAAGUUCAACGUAGAAUUGGCUCACAAAAUCAUGUUUAAAUUUGGUGUUUAACACUUAACACUUAAUUUUACCAAAUGCCUCCUUACUUAUAUGGUCCAAAUGCUAAAGUGGUAUGUUGUGAUUGGAGCGUUCCAAAUCUUACAUGGAGGGACUGCCCUCCACAAGUCUUUCUUUGAUGUUGUUCUCACAGCUUCCAAGCAUGUAUGUUAUUAUUAUGAGCAACAAGGUCAAGCUCGCUUCUGUUGGCUCACAAAAGCUGCUACCACUUUUUCCCAGAAAAAGCUUGUUCUUCUUUGGCUUAAUGGAGGCCUUCUGUUGGAUGCUGAACGGGAGCAGAAAUGCCAAUGCAACUACAGCUCCUUCUGAGAAGGAAGAAGAUCAACUGUAUACUGCGCUAUGGCAUGCAUGCGCAGGCCCUCUUGUCAGUGUUCCGCGUAUAGGGGAGAAGGUUUUCUACUUCCCUCAAGGUCACAUGGAGCAGUUGGAAGCAUACGCAAACCAAGAUUCUAUGACGGAGAUGCCAAUUUACAAUUUAUCUCCUAAGAUCCUCUGCAAAGUGGUCAAUGUGCUCCUCGAGGCUGAGACAUACUCAGAUGAGGUCUAUGCACAAAUUAUGCUGCUUCCUGUGGACAAGCUAGAAGAGUCAGAUGAGGAGAAUGAAACUCCAAGACCUCAGCCUCAGCCGAUUCGUUCAAGCUUCUUCACCAAAAUACUCACUCCAUCUGAUACAAGCUCGCACGGUGGAUUUUCUGUUCCAAAAAGACAAGCAGAUGAAUGCCUUCCCCCUCUGGACAUGUCCCAACAACCCCCAGUGCAGGAAUUGGUGGCAACAGAUUUACAUGGGUUUGAAUGGCGCUUUCGCCAUAUAUAUCGCGGUCAACCAAAGCGACACCUGCUCACUAGUGGAUGGAGCACAUUUGUAACUUCAAAGAAGCUUGUCGCUGGGGAUGCUUGUAUUUUCAUUAGAGGGGAAAAUGAAGAACUCCGUGUUGGGAUUCGUCAUGUAACAGAACUAUACAACAGUGCACCCACAGCUCUCCUAUCUGGUCAAAGCAUGCAGCAUGGCAUACUUGCCAGUGCUGUUUAUGCCAUCUCUGCUAGAUCCAUGUUUACUGUGUAUUACCGUCCUUGGACAUGUCCAUCUGAAUUCAUAAUUCCUUGUUCUAAAUUCAUAAAGGCUGCGGAAAAUUACUUUUCAGUCGGGACAAGAUUCAGGAUGGCAUUUGAAGGUGAAGAAAGUAAAGAACAGAGAUAUGUUGGAACUGUUGUUGGUAUUGAAGAUAUUGAUCACAUUAGGUGGCCUGGUUCAGAGUGGAGAUGUCUUAAGGUGCAGUGGGACGACAAAUCAGAUGCACCUGUACGCCCAGAAAGGAUUUCCCCCUGGGAGGUUGAGCCUAUUGAAUUUACCAACAAGAACAAGAAUCAUACUUCCAUUCUACCGCAACCAAAAAAGCCCCGUCCACUUAAACCAUCAGCUUCAAGGUUUUCUCCCAUGGCCAGAGAUGGAUUAUUGAAGAGUUCAGUGCGGUAUAGAUCUCAGGAUAACUCAGGGGUCUUACAUGGUCACGAAAUCGCGGCCUCAGACACUCAUGAGUUGGGUACAUUGGAAGCACCACUAAAACCGCAUGAAGCUCCUACACCAAGUUCCAAUUGGAGUCACAUGCAGAUGGGAGUGGGGAAUGAUCAGCUGCCAUUCCCAAUUCAUGCUCCCCUUUAUCAGUGUUCCAGCAAAAAUCCAGACAGAAUGGGACUCGCUGGUCCCUGGUCCCCAAUAUUUACCUCCUAUGGAAUGGAUGAUAUUGUUGGAGUAUGCAGAAGUGCAUUGGCUGCAAAUUUUAAUUCUGAGUAUCUGGAAUGGAGGGCUUCUGGAGAGAAGGAUGGAGAUAGAGCUCAACCUGGCUGUGACAAAUACAAACUUUUUGGAGUGAAUAUAUAUGACAGUCAGGUUGAGCUCCCUUCACCACAAUUUGAAGCCAAUAGUGAGCUGCAUAAUGUUAGUUCAAUUCCCCUAACGUCUCAGUCAAGUAUAAUGUCUGAAGCUAGACAGGUUUCAGAACCAUCAAAGGGCACAAGCAUCCUGCCAGAGAAGCAAUGCGAGGACUGUUGUUGCAUCGCUAAUCGUAGUUGCACAAAGGUGCUCAAGCAUGGAACAGCACUUGGAAGGUCAGUUGACCUCACACACUUCAAUGGGUACGAUGAACUCAUUUGUGAGCUUGACAAGAUGUUUGAAUUCAAUGGUGGAUUGAUCGACGGGGGGUGUGGUUGGCAUGUAACCUACAGGGAUAAUGAAGGGGACAUGAUGCUGAUUGGAAGCUACCCUUGGCAGGAAUUUCGGGCCAUGGUGCGCAAGAUACUAAUCUAUCCAAAAGAAGAAACUCACAAACAGACUCCAAGCAUAAUGAAGCUGUAGCCCUGUGAUUUCUCUCUAUGUUAAGCAUAUCAAUUUUGCCAACUAGCUGCAUGAAGUGUCAUACAAACAUAUGCGUGUAAGAGAGAGAAAUAGAGAAUGAUAAUUGAUAUUCAAUGUCUAUGCACGUAUGUUAAUGAAGUUGUAUCGUAUGUCUGUUGUGUCUAUGCAUGUUGAUAGAGUUGCAUGUUA